AGCGCCUCGGACAACCGCACGCGUUGGCUAGUCUGUUUCCAAGUUUCCCUGAUGUCGACAAUUUCUUUUUCGCAGGAGCUCCAAGACCUCCUCAACCCGCUCCCAAAGUUCGCCGAUCCCGAGGACGACCAUGACGAGGCCACCAGAGCCCGAGUCAGCGACGCCUUCGCCGGGGACGUCGACGACGACGAGGAGGUCGGCGGCGGCGGCGGCGGCGGCGGCGGCGCCGCCCUGCGAAGGAGAAACGCCAUCAUGCUGGCCGAGGGCGACGGAAGGUACCUGGGGAAGGCCGUCAGCAGACAGCAGCUCCUCAUGGACGUCGACCAAAAUGAUGAAGACGAGGAGGAGGAGGAGGAUGGCAGUGUUGAAGAACUAGAAGCGGACGAAGAGGAGGCGGACGCGGACUUCCACGAGCAGACUGGCGGCACGGACGACCUCCGGGUGAGCCAGGAGGAUGAUGGCGAGGAAGACCAGAUGGAAGAGGAUGAAGAUGGCGUGGAGGAGGAGGAGGGCGCCAUCUCCACCUUCUCCAAGGAGAAGCUGGACGAGGAGGUGGAGAAGGGCGAGGCGGUCCGGAAGCAGCUGGCGCUGUGGGAGCAGCUCCUGGAGGCCCGCAUCAAGAUGCAGAAGGCGCUGGGCAGCGCCAACCGCCUCCCGCGCCCACACGCCCUUCCGCACUUCCGGGCCAGGGGCGGCGCCCGGCAGGCGGGCGCCGCCGAGGACGCGCGCGAGGCCUUGAAGGCGCUUCAGAGGUCCCUGCUGGACCUUCACCAGCUGCUCAUCCGGCAGAGCGCCACGCCGGUCCUGCUGGGCCGGGAUGAGGAUGAGGAUGAGGAAGAUGAAGAGGGCAGAGCGGCCGAGCGCAAACCGGACGUGUCCGACGACCCCGAGGUGGCGUCGGAGCGUUUCGCCGCCUUCCGGCCGUACCGCGACGCCACGCUACGGAAGUGGCACGACAGAACGCGCCUGAGCUCGGGCAAGCGCGGCGGCGGCGGCGGCGACUUCGGCGCGUUCGAGCGCGACGUCGUCAGCCAAGUGGAGCAGAUCCUGACGGACAAGGAGCGGCUGGUGCGACGGACGCAGACGCGCCGUUCCGAGUACCGCGUCCUCGGGACCGGCGAGGAGCCGGACCGCGCCGACGCACGAAACCCGUCGGGGGAGCGUCUUGAUGGGCCAACGCCCGCCAGAGGCGAGCGGGCGAAGGACGCGGACGAGGACGUCUUCGACGACGACGACUUCUACCACCAGCUGCUGCGCGAGCUGAUCGAGCGCAAAACGGGCGGCGCCGACGCCGCCGACCGGCAGGUGGCGGCGGGGCGCCAGUGGCUGCGGAUCCAGAAGCUGCGCAGCAAGAUCAAGAAGAAGGUGGACACCAAGGCCAGCAAAGGUCGCAAGGUCAGGUUCGACGCGCACAACAAGCUGCUCAACUUCAUGGCGCCCGUCCUCCGGGACGACGGGGCGCUCGCCCACGACGCCCGCACCGAACUCUACAGGGGACUCUUUGGACACGCAGACUCCGCCUACCUGUGAUGUCAUCGCCCGCUGGAUGAUCAUUUUCAUAAAACAUCUAGCGUGAUCUGUGACCUUUGACCUAUUGAUACUGCACUGGUACGCUACAUAGGAGCAUAUUCUGUAGUACUAUAUUGUUCAAUUGUGUAUUGUGCUAUAUUAUGCUAAAUUGUACUCAAUACUUUGGCAAAUACACUGACAAUCAAAGUACUCUAUUUGAUCAUGUACAUUGGUUGCGCAUGAUUAAAAUGCGAAA